AGGCAUGAGCACCCCUCUCCUCCGCCGUCCCAUGGCCGCGCCCUGUUCCUGGGACACUUCCUUCCACGAAAAAAAGCAGAAGCAGAAGCUCUAGCUACCUCUACUACCGACCUGGAUCCACUCAACCCGCUACGCUAAGCUCCCCUUCCCGUUCGACAAGUGAAGAGAAGAGGUUAUUCAUCCAUCUGCGCUGCAGCCUGCAAAGGAGAAGGAGAAGGAGGCGCUUGACAUGGGCAAGUACGUGGAGCUGCUGGACAUGGGCGUGCGCAUCGCCGCGCGCUUCCACUCCCACUGCCCGCAGACCGCGCGCCUCUACUACCACCCGCCCGCUGGCGGGCCGGCGGCCGCGGGGGACGGCCGCAAGGGCGACUCCGCCACCGCCGCCACCGCCGCCGCCGCCGUGAUGCUGAAGCAGCAGGCGCACAGGUUCGACGCCUCCGAGAUCAUCCUCCACACCGUCGUCUAGGCCGGCUGCGUGGGUGGGAUGCUCGCCGGAGCCGUCGACGGGGCCGCGGCGAUCUAUCGAUUUUUAUCACCAUUCAUUGACGGGGAGAGCCAGAGUGUGUUGUGCUGAGAAGCCUGAGAUGUGAUGUGAUGCGCCUCCCGUUUUUUUAUUUUUUACCAUGAGUUCAAAUGCAUUUCGGUUCGUCGAACCAUUGUUCUGUUAAUUUUUUUUUUGCCCGGGUUCUAAACUUUUCCCGGGGUGAAGAGUCGAAGCCGAGCGUGUGUGCCUCCUGCCGUCUUUUGAUCUGGCUACGAGUUAAGGCUUGGCUUGUUCAUUGUAAUCUCGAUCCAUAUGGAAUUUGGAGAGGAUUAUGGUGCA